AUGAAGCUCAUCGUUGCUGGUGCAACUGGUCUAGUGGGUACGGAGAUCAUCAGACAGUGCCUACAGAUGAAGGAGAUCACCCAGGUUAUCGCACUGGCUCGGAAACCCGUCCAUGUCGAAGACGGAACAGACCCGAAAUCUAAGCUCAAGAGUGUCGUGAUUCGUGACUAUGAGGAGUAUCCAGCCGAUGUGAUGGCUGAGUUCGCCGGGGCUAACGCCUGCAUAUGGACUGUCGCCGUGACACCAUUCAGGACGAGCAGCUUUGACUUCGCCGAGGUUAAGCGCGUGUGUCAAGACUGCGCUCUCGCGGGGUUCAAGGCCAUGUACAAAGCUGGUCCUGCGAAACCCUUCCGCUUCCUUUACUUCAGUGCCGAUGGCACACCUAGAGAUCCGACGAAAAAGCCAGCUAUCAUGGGUAAUUAUCAAGUCAUGCGCUGCGAAACAGAGCUCAUGGUUCUCAAAUUCCCCAAUGACUACCCUGGGGUGCAGGUCUGCAUCGCUCAGCCCGGAGUGGUCGUCAAUUCCACGUCUUUUGGGAGAUCGGUUGUGGCCUCGGCGUUCCGUGUCGUCAACACUUUCACGCGCGCAAUUCCAAAUAUCCAUCGACAAGAGCUUUCGGCAGCGGUUUUGGAUCUGGCCGUAAAUGGAUUCGAUCAGGAGACUGUUAAGAAUAAUGACCUGGUUCGUCGUGGACAGACAGUGCUGAAACAGAAUGGCAUGGCCAAGCAUUAA